GCUGCUGCAAUCGUUGAGAAGGACCGCAUCAACAAGAGGAAGACACACGGUGGCCGGCGUGGUUUCAAGGUCGCCAAGGCCGAGGCUGCAAGGAAGGACGAUGCUGGUGAUGGGGCCUCUCAGGGCGAGCAUGGUCAUCAUGAUGAUCAUGUGCAGGGCCAUGAUGAUGAUGGUGAUGUUGAUGAGGGUGCACCGGCUAAGAAAGCGCCAAAGCGUAACGGCCGUCUGAACAAGCUGAUGAAGAAGGGCGGUGAUGCUGCGAGCUCUAGCAAUGCCAAUGCAGCCCCAAAGAAGGAGAAGGCACCAGGUGCCAAGAACUCGAAGCCCCACCCCCCGAAGGUAUCCCCCCAGAAGUCCAAGGCCAGCUCUAAGAGGCUUGAGAGGGCUCUCAAGAACUUCGAGUAUCUGAAGAAAGAAGACCUUCCGGGCCUCCACUUUCCCGAUGAGCUCAAGAAGCAGAGCUUUACUGCUUACGAGAGCGGGAUGAAGGAGAAGCGGGGCUCGAGUACUGCCAGUGGCAUCGGUAUCAUCUUGCGGGCGGAGUCCUUCUAUGUCAAGCAGGUUCUGCAGCAUGUUGAGGGUGCCAUCCAGAUGGAUGGCAAAGGUAAGGCCAUGAUCGUGGCAGGGACGAACUGCACUUCAAGCAUGGGUUUUCCCUGUGCGCCCAGGUAUCCAAAUUGCAAGCUGCGGCAAUGCUAUGCCUUGGUGAUUCAUCUCAUCGACUUCAUGACAGAGUUUCUGGACCAUAACGACAUCAAGCGCUCCAGGGACUUGGAUGCUGUGGAGAUGUUUUGUGGGGUGGCUAGCAUCGUCAAGGCCUUCAGGCAAGGCUAUGAUCGCGGCAGGGACGAAGUGCUGGAGUGCCUUAUUCUUCGCUGGCUUGCCAUGCCCUGGCUUUGGAAGCUGUACCAGAAGCUCACCCCUGAGGUCAAGGAUGCCAUCAAGAAACGGAAGAGGCUUUCGGAUCAUGAGAUGGUGAAGGAUCCUGGUGGGGACUGGAGCCAUGCAGACCUGGCUACCCUGAAGACCUUCCUGGAGGAGGCCAUUACUGAAGGGGACUUCCACCCCAAUGGUGACCUCCCUUUUGCUUUGUCGGUGAUCCCCCUGAGCCUUGUUCUAGUAAUUUUCAUUGCAGCAGAAACCCUCGGUGACAAUGCUUUUGCGGAGACCCAGCUGGACGAGCCCGUUGGUGACCAGAAGCCCUCUGUGCUGAGCCUUCCCGAAACACGGGUUCAGACGACUGAAUCCCCAGGCUUAGAGAAAGCUCCCAAGAAAGAUGCCCUCCCUUCCUCGAAAUCCCGCAGAAAGGCAGGCGCAGCAAAGGCUACAGCAGCAAAGGAAUCCCAAGGCAAUGGAACCCCGAAGCAGACCAUCUCCUCUGAACCGCCUGCACUUGAUCAGAUUCAGAAUGGCAAAGGCCUGAACCAGGAGCCCCAGGGGGACUUGCCAGCACAGGCUACAGCAAAGGAAUCCCGAGGCAAUGAAUCCCCGAAGCAGCCCAUCUCCUCUGAUCCCCCUGGUCCCAAGAGCAGUGCACCUGUAGUGGAGCAGCCACCAGCGGGCAAAGCAGAGGGCCACCUUGUUGCACAUGGCCGAGGUGAGCCAAAGCAUGUGGAUUCCCAGGAGACCCUCCCUAUGCAUCGUGGGCAUUCGGUUGUGUCUGAGUUUCAGAAGGCUAUGCUGUCGACUCAGAUGACAGACCCUGUGCUUGACAUGGCGCAGAAUCUCCGAGCACAAGGCCAGCUGGGCCAGCUGCAGAUGGUCAUCCCCAAUGAUGAGACCUGUUUGGACAUGCAGCAAAGCCCGGGCAAGCUUUGUGAGUGGGUGUAUCGCCACGGUGAUGCCGAAGCUUCAACAAGGGCCUUCGAGGUUCUCAAGUGGACUCGCCUAGUUGCUGGCAAGUACGACGGGGCUUUUGAGGCUCAGGACAGUGGUAAUGGGCCCUGCGCCAGAGAGCUUCAUGAUACGUGCCUUUCCAUGCUGAGCUUGCAGAAGGAGUACGAGGAGGCCAAGGCUCAGUUCCUCAAGUGUGGUAAGGUCAUUGUGGCAGUGGGUUCUGCCAAAAAGAUGAAGGAGCAAGAGAAGCAGCAGACAGCAGAGGUCCUGAAGAGCAAGAUGGAACAGAUAGACAAGUGGGUAAGUCAGAAGCUGGAUGAGAAGGACCUCUCCCAGCAGGAGGUGUGCAAGAAGCUGGAUGAGCAUAUUGCCACCUUCUCUGAAGCCCUCCUGAAGCUUCUAAGGAAUGCCGAAACCGAGUUCCAGAGCACUUCCACUAGCCUGCCCGAAGACGACGAGUCAGCACUGUGCAAGGACUUGGAGAAUCAGCUCAACAUGCAGUUGCAAGAGGAGGACAUGCCUCCUGCCGCAUCAGUUCCAGGCAAUGGUGAUGAUGCCCCGCCGCCUCCAAAGACAUCCUGGCAGCAGCAGGGUGUACGGGCUGCCAUGCAACGUUUGGACACGUCUGAAAUUGAGGCAGCAGUGGACGUGAAGCAGGCUCCGGUUCCACCUGCUGAGCCAUCCGCUCCUGCCCUCCAGAAGGUCAUGAAGCCAGAGCCUGAUCGGGAAUUCAAAACAGAGGAGGAGCGUUUGGCGUGGGAGGCAAAGGAGGCCAAACGGCUGAAACAUAAUGCCCGUGUCCGCUUCGACAGUCCUGACUGUCCGCCGAUUGUCCUGGACAAGUUGGGUGAGCUUGAAGGGCAGCCCAAUCGAUUGAAAACGUUGGCCGUGUGGUUUCAGCAAUGGCUCGAGGCCGGCGAAGACUGGGCUAACACCCAGUUAGUGAUCGAGGCCACACGUGUGAAUCAAGAGAACUACGCAGCCAAAGAAGUCAUGAAGUCUUUUAAGACGCUCUGUGAUCAGUAUGGGAAGAAGGUCGCGGAGGGGAUUCGGCAGAGGAAGUACGCCAAGGAGAAAAGCCGCGAUCCCCGUGUUGACCCGAAACCAUAUCAUAUGGAGCAUCCCGAUGGCAUCGAGGACGUCCUCGGAAUGCUCGGGGCCGGCAGGUCCAAUUCUGCGGAGUCCUUGACGGGUGGAGAGAAGAACCCCAAUAAAGCCGAGCGCGGGAAGGUGUCCAAGGUGGCCCCCAACAGUGUUGCAAGGACAGAAAAAGCCAAGGCCAACCACCAGGAGGAGCUGGACAAGCACAAGAAUGCCUUCACUCGCAUCAAAGGUGAACUCGAAGGCCUGUACAGCAUACACAACAACACCAAGGAUGCUGACAUGAGUGAAAGUGUGAGAAAUGAGAUCAAUGGCUUGAUUGAACGUUCGGACUCACUCGUCACGACCUUUUCGGGAGCCAUGAAGCCUCUGAAGAUGAUCCUGGAGCCUUUGAGGCAGAUAGAGCCCUGUACAUGUAUGUACAUGAAGACACAUAUGGUGUACUGUAAGCAAAUAUCCAUUUCUAGAUCUAGACAGCGCUACCAAGCCCCUGAGACACGUGUACAUGUACUUAUACAUGUGUAG